CCUGCUUUAGACUGCCAGAAGUGCACUUCCGAUGCAGAACACAGACAGCCCCUCACUCUCACGUGCGGGUUCUUCGCAUGCUUCUUCUGACGAUCUUGAAAAGGUGGCAACUGUUACCAUGAAAAUCUGGACUGGAUUUCGUGUUCAUUUGAUAGCCAAGACCUAUGGCUGAUAUAUAUACAGCAUGUUACAUCUUAAACGGAUGAAUAUCGACUGAAAUACAAGGUGGUAUCUCCACAUCUUUUCACACAUACCGUGACAGAGAGGGGCGAAGAGAGAGGAAACUUCAGAACAUCUGAGAAAACCAUCAAGGCAUCUGUCACCCACGGGGGCCGUCCUUGGAGCCUGGAAACGUGAGCGAGUCGUCCAAAUGCCUAACAUGUCAGCGCCAGCAGUGGGGGAGCUAUGAGUGGGGAUGCAAUAUAUCUGGCCAGCCCCAGCACAGAGGGAUGUCGUACCCACCCUUCUCCACUGUGAACUCAGCAGCAUCUCUUUAAUUCUGUAGAGUACAGCCUGGUCAUCUGUGUGUAGACAACCCACACCGCCGUGUCUAACAGCUUAAAUUAUCAGUAAACAUUUGAAGCUUACAGAACAAAAAAGAUUUAAUGCAGAGUCACUUGGGCUCGGACAUUUUUUGUGUGGGUUUUUUGAGGAGUAAGCAGUGAACGGCCGAGGAUUGUGAGCGUUUGUGGGGAUGGCAGCCACGUACCACGUGGUGGUCAGCAGCCUGAACUACUAUAGCAGCGUUGUGAUUGACAGGCGUGCCCAGCAUGCCGUUCACUACUGCACUGGACCCUGUCAGCUCCUCACGCAUGGCCUGGACUGCACUGCGGCCCACCGCAGUGCCUGCGCAGAGCUGCUAGAUGCCACCGUUGGCCCAACGCCAGCUGCUGCCACCCAGACCUCCACCGCCCUCAGGCACUUUGGCAAAUAUUCAGUCUUGGGGAACGGCGGCUUCCCUAUGGGCGGGGCUGAGGUCAUGAUGGAGGAUUGCUACCAGGCCCUCCAGGGUGUCUCCAGGGCCAGGAGGGGACUGGCCGGCCAGGUAUUCUCCGGCAGCCUGAAGGACAUCACGGGGGAGGCCAUCAACCUUGCCAGUGGGAAGGUGAAGGAGUUCUCCCACGAGAGGGACAGGGUCUUCUCCAGCCACACCAUCCUACGCAAGUGCCGCAAGGCCCGCCCUGACUCCCUCCUCAGGAGGUCUGCCGACCUGGACGUCCUCCUCAGUCGCUUCACUGCUGGGAACGAGGAGAACUGCCCGCCUUUUGGGUUUCCGCCCCCAGAGGACCCACUUGGGCCUGAGCCAAGUGUUGGUGUGGCGACCGGACCGUCUUGCCUGAACUCUGCGGCGGAGGAAGAUCUGCUGGCCCGGAUUCUGGAGAAGGCAAAGGUGGAGGGCGGGGCCCCAGGGCAGGACAUGCGGGCAUGCCUGGAGAUCCUCCUGCGUUGUUCCGAGGACCUCAGGAGGUGUACUGACAUCAUCAGGCAGUGCUGCAUCUCCAAGAAGUCCACCGGUGACGACGGCAACUACAGCGGGUCUGAGAUGGCCUACCGGAGCGCGCUAGCCAGUCUGUCCGGCUUCCUGAAAAAGCUCCCACUUGGGCUUGGGGCAGAGCUGGCCCAGCCCUGGCGGCAGGAGCAGGGCAACCUGGCUGAGCUGCUCCGGGCCCUGCAGUGGCUGCAGCAGAGCUCCCCCUCCUCUGUUUUCAGGGACGACCUGCCACCUCGGUACGAGGAUGUGGUCCAAUCCCCUCCUGAGCUCAGCGCCCUGCUGCCUCCACCUCCCACUCCUUCCCAGCCCGAGGUCCUGGGGAAGGCAGAGCCAGCCCCGAACCUCCUAACCCCCUGCUCACCUGCCGCCUCUCCUCGGUGUCUUUCGCCACAGCGGGGAAAGGUAACGGCGAACAUCCAACUCAACCAUCCCGAUGGCCUCUCUUUUGUGAGUUCAAUGGAACGAGCUAUCAAGAAGAAAUUGGUUGUUGACGUGACACCCAAGGAGCCUUUGAGCAUCGUGGAGGAUGACGACUGCAGCGAGGCGGGGGGCGAGGGGGGUGGGACGUUCCACGAGGCACCCGAGGGGGUCAGCAAGGAGAAUGCGCUGAAGCUGGGGCCCGGGGAAGCAAUGUGCAUUCCCACUGAGAGUGCGCGUCUGCAGCCGAGGCCAAGAGAGGGCUGCGUGGGGCGUACAGGGGAUGACUGUGAUGAGAUUGACAAGCUGCUGACGGAUCUGGAGCAUCUUUCCCGGAGCAUCGUGAAGGAACCUCCCGACAACAUCAGAGGCCUAGAGCAGAGGAAUGGCAGCCAGCAUUCGAUCGAUCAACAGCAGCGUCCCUCCUGUGGACCUCCUGUGCCCUCGACCUGGGUCAGCUGGGAACCCAUCGAUGGGUCUGGCGAAGACGGGGACAACGCCCUGCUCCAGAGGAUCCUGGACAGCAUCGAGAGCCUCGCCCAGGAGCUGGUGAAGAAUGGGAAGUGCAGGACAGGGACGCUGUCCAAGGAGACAGAGGUCAUGAGGAUCCUGCAGGACACGCUGACCACCACAGAGCAGCCAGAAGUACAGGAGGACCCUACAUCUGACCACAUCCCUGGCACCGCCAUCCCGGACCCUGUGCCCACAACAAACCCCACGUCUGAUCUGUUGGUCCAGCCCACUCCAGAAGACAUAGGGAUCCAAAAUAAGCCACAGGGGGAGCCAGAGGUUCCUCCCCCCACCUCAGCUUCAGGCUUCAUGCCUGACUCUCAUUACCCCAGGUCCAUCUCUCCCACCUCUGUGCCUGACACCGCCUCUCCUCCGCCUCUCCCGCCUCCCCCUCCCAGCCCUCCCCUCGUGGAACAGUGGGCGGUGCCUCCCUCCACCAACAUUCCACGCUUCUAUUUCCCUGAAGGGCUGUCACUGAACUGCAGCAGCGACAUCAACCAGACCAUCGCCAACAUCGAAAUGGCAUUUGCAGGGUUUGAGGAACAGAAAGCUGACAUUCAUGACAUGGGGAAGAUCGCCAAGGUGUGUGGCUGCCCUCUCUACUGGAAGGCUGCGCUGUUCCAUGGUGCUGGAGGGGAUCGGACCGGGUCUGUCUCCGCCAGGUCGUUUGUGGCAACAUGGAGAAAGUUGUUGCACAGUUGCUAUGACGACUCCAGCAAGUUUGUUUACCUGCUAGCCAAACCAGGCUGCAAAUUCCUGGAGCAAGAGGACUUUACCCCAGUGUUGCAGGACAUUGUGGACACACACCCAGGGCUGACAUUUCUGAAGGAUGCUCCGGAGUUCCACUCACGGUACAUUACCACGGUGAUUCAGAGGAUAUUCUACACUGUCAACCGCUCAUGGACGGGGAGGAUCACCAUGACAGAGCUAAGGAGGAGCAACUUCCUGCAAACUCUGGCUCUCCUGGAGGAAGAGGAUGACAUCAAUCUGUUAACAGACUACUUCUCCUAUGAGCACUUCUAUGUCAUUUACUGUAAGUUUUGGGAACUGGACGCUGACCACGACCUCUUCAUCGACCAGAAGGACCUGGCCAGAUAUAAUGGCCACGCCUCAUCAGAAAGGAUUAUUGAGAGGCUUUUUUCUGGAGCUGUUAUGAAGGGAGGCUCCAUGCAGAGCCAUGGCAGGAUGAGCUAUGCUGAAUUUGUUUGGUACCUGAUCUCUGAAGAAGACAAGAAGAGCCCCAGCAGUAUAGAGUACUGGUUCCGGUGCAUGGACCUGGAUGGAGAUGGGAUUCUGUCCAUGUAUGAGCUGGAGUUCUUCUACACGGAGCAGUGUGAACGCAUGGAGAACAUGGGUGUGGAGCCGCUGCCUUUCAACGACCUGCUGUGCCAGAUGCUGGACCUGGUUAAGCCAGAGUGCCAGGGUAAAAUAACCCUGAGCGACCUAAAGAGGUGCCGAAUGGCCCACGUGUUUUACGACACAUUCAUCAACCUGGAGAAGUACCUGGACCACGAGCAGAGGGACCCUUUCACUGUGCAAAAGGACUUUGACAGUGACAUCCCAGAGCCCUCAGACUGGGAGAAGUUCGCAGCUGAAGAGUAUGACGUUUUGGUCACAGAGGAUACAGCCAGUGAUCUUCCAGCAGAUGGGUCUUUUGAGGAUGACUGUGAAACUGAAGAAUGCACAGACACCCCAGUCAAGAUGAGUAAGGCAGACAUCACAGAAGAAGUGGUCUUCUCCAACCUGUGUGGGUGAACCAGUCCUGAGAUCUGACCGCACUAAGCCUCUACCUCAAUCCCCCUACAGCCACUCUCCAGGAGGGGAAACGGAAGAAGGAAGAGGAGAUGGGCACAGGAGGAGGAGCACACAGGGAAAGAGAAAGGAGAAAAGAAGGGUAUCAGAGGAGAGCUGUUAAAUAAUGUAAAUGUAAUGAGGUACAAAGUGAGGAACAGAAGAAGAAAGGGGAUCAUGAGGACUGAAGGAUCAGACAGGGGAACAGAAGAGGGAAAGGCCCUGCUUUGAAUAUUAUUAGAGAUCGCUUCAGAGCAACCAAGCUGAUUCCAAGCCAAAAGUCCUUAUGUUAUGUGCAACAAAAAAAAAUCAUUUCUGUUUAGAGUUUGAGGUCUUUCUGGACCUUUUUUUUGUCUGAGAACAGGAUGAUCAAAAUCAUGUGUGGAGUCUGUGGAAUGUGCUCUGUUACUCCACCAUGUGGUCCUCUAUGCUAAUGCAUUCAAGAUUCAGCUCACACUGUAUGACAGAAGCCCUGUUUGCCCAACGGCCUGGUGUGGUCUACACAGGCUUGGGAAGCGUGGACAGAGCUGUGGAGCCCGUUUAGCUGGACUAACCCCAAAUUCACUGGUUGCCUCCCAGAUUCAGUACUAUGUGCAUUUGAGCAUGGGGCUUAAGAGAUAUAGGUUCCUAUAUACAGUGAGCUCAAGGACAAACACACAUUUUUUUCUGGAUUUGUCUCUAUACUCCACGAUUUUAAAUUUGUAAUCAAGCAAUUGACAUGUGGUUAAAGUGCUCUUUCUCAGCUUUUAUUUCAGGGCAUUUUUAUACACUUUGGUUUUACCAUGUAGAAAUGACAUCGCUUUUUAUACAUACCCUCCAAUUUCAGGGCACCAUAAUGUACAGCCAUCUGCAGCUUCUGCUUAUUUUGUGUGCUAGUUGCCUUAAGUUUUCUCUUCAGUGUAUGAAACACAUUUUCAACUGGUUUCGGAUCGGCUGAAUGGCUUAGCCAGUCAAGAAUUUUUCCAUUUUUGACUUUGAAAAUCUCCUUUGUUGCAUUAGCAGUAUGUUUGAGAACAUAGUCUUGCUUUAGGAUGAAGCACCGUCCAAUAAGUUUGGAGGCAUACACUUCAGAAUUAAUUCUGUGGUUGCUAUUAGCAGUUAUAUCGUCAAUGAAGAUGAGUCAGCCGGUACCUGUCGCAGCCAUACAUGCCCAAACCAUAACGACCCCACCACCAUGUUUCACAUAUAACGGGGCUUUGGAUCUUGGGCAGUAACUUUUGGCCUUCACACUUUUUACUUGCCAUUCACAAGUGAAUCUUGGUCUUAUCUGACCACAAGAUCUUUUUCCAGAACUCUGCAGGCUCUUUUAGGUACUUCUUAGCAAACUGUAACCUGGCCGUCCUGUUUUUGCCACUAACUAGUGGUUUGCAUCUUGCAGUGUAGCCUCUGUAGUUCUGUUUUUGAAAUAUUCUGUAGACAAUAGUCACUGACACAUUCACGCCUGCCUCCUGAAGUUUGUAUCUGAACGGUAGGACAGGUGUUUGGUGGUUUUCUACAUGAUGGUGAGAAAUCUUUGGUCAUCAACUGUAGAGGUCUUUUUGGCCUACCAGGCCCUUUGUGAUUACUGAGCUCACCGGUGCUGUCUUUCUUUUUAAUGAUGUUCCAAACAGUUGAUUUUGGUAGGCCUUUGGUAGGUAAGCUUUGGGCAGUUUUUCUGACUUUAUUCUUGUCUCUCAGCUUCAUUAUGGCUUUCUUCACUUUCAUUGGCAGAACGCAGGUCCUUAUAUUGACAAAUGCUAAUAACAAACUCCAAAGGCAAUGAAAAGCGUAGAAUAAAUCUAGACACUGAGCGUUCUUUAUACCUUCACUAAGGAAGCAGUUGAACACAUCUGACUAAUCAGAAACACCUUUGAAACCAUUUGUCCCAAACAUCAUGGUGCCCUGAAAUGGGGGGACCAUGUAUAAAAAGUGCUGUAAUUUCUACAUAUAUAGAAAUACUCCUUGAUAAAAUUGAAGAUUUUGCACUUUAAACACCAGUUGUUUGAUUUCAAAUCUAAAUUCAUGGAAUACUGUGGAAGGAAAAAAAUCUUUGUCCCCUACAUUAUGGAGCGCACUGUAACUGCAUUAAAAGAUAAAGGACAUGGGCCACUGAAAGCAGAAUAAACUGAAAAUUGUUAUUUCAUUUAUAGAAACUGACAAGUCAGAGUGUAUCACUCUUCUGCUUUCUUUCCCCCUCGUUUUCUUUACCUCCCUCACUCUAUUUUAGUCUACCUCUUAACCCCUCUCUCCUUCUACUGUAAAUCACUUUCUCGCUCUUUCCUUUUUCUUUCAUUCGCUCACUUUUGUCUUUCAGAGCCCUUCUUCUGCCCCAUCUUUUGUUGAAUUCAAACUGUAUAUAUUGUAUUAUGUAUUGUAUAUUGUUUCGCUUCAAGCCUGUUGUAUAAUUGCAAUGUGUUUUAAUUCCAUUUACAACUUGCAGCGCUUUUAGUGUUUGUUUAUGAGUUAUGAAAGUAUGUCUUCUAUCAGUGUUUGUGCUGAUAUAAUUCAAUGUGCCACUAAGUGGCAUAUCAAAAACGUUACUAACAACUAAAUUCUAUGUGACAUGCCUCAAGUUACACGGGUGGAAAUUUAUAUCAUGGGGAACCCUGCAGGGGUUCUCUGUAUGAAGACAAUCAACUGGAUUUUAACUGUGUACAAAAGCACUUCUAAUUAGUUUUUGGUACCUUUUUAUAGCAAUACAGCUGGUGUGACCUGUCAGAUGUAAUGCUAAAAUUAUAAACUUGAAGUAGUCAAAAUGUGUUUAAGCCAGGGACCCUGGAAAGCCUUAGUGUAUUCUGGUUUCUGUUUUAAUCUCAUAAUUAGAAAUCAAUUAAGACAGGGUGGGGUGAGUUAACCGUGUGAUCAGCUAUUUAAAUAGAUCAUUAAUGGCUGAGUAAGAGUGAAAACUCAUGGCUCUCCAGGACCGGGGUUGUCCUCUGUGCUUUAAACUCUAUGCAGAUUAACGUGUUUGUGCAGAAAUGGCGGCUCUGAAAGCUGCAGCGGCCGAAGCUGUUGGUUCGUCCAGGUAAUUUUGGGUCAUAUCUCUGGUGCGAGCCAUGCCUGCAGACUCUGUGGAAAGGGCUGGGUGGUUACUCAUCUUUCUCUGUUACAAUGAGGCAAUGCUUGUUUUGGCACGGCAAUAUAUUUUUUUUCCCAAUUUCCUUGGAAUUGAGAAACAAAAAAAUAAAUAAAGGCAUUUUAAAGCUGUAAA